CGCGGGCCGGUGUCCAUUAAGUGAAUAGUGAUCAAUGCAAUUUUAGAAAUUUUUACAACGAAAAUUCUUGUCCAAGUUUUCACUUAAUAAUGACACGCCGCCAAGAAGAGCAGGGGCUGAAGAUGUUGUUGAUGGCGUUUGCCGUAGCUGCGUGCUGUACAGUAGAGGCCCGCAAGACUUCCCGCAAACCCCACAUCAUCAUCAUGCUGGCCGAUGACAUGGGAUGGAACGACGUGGGAUUCCACGGUUCGAAUCAGAUCCCAACGCCCAACAUCGACGCACUGGCCUACAAUGGCCUAAUUCUGAACAGCCAUUACACACCAGCCCUUUGCACGCCUUCUAGAGCAGCACUGAUGACCGGCAAAUAUCCAAUUCACUUGGGUAUGCAGCACUUAGUGAUCUUGGAGGCAGAGCCGUGGGGGCUCCCGCUGGAGGAGAAGAUGCUGCCCCAAUACCUGAAAGAGAGUGGAUACGCGACGCACGCCAUCGGGAAGUGGCACUUGGGCUUCUUCCGCAAGGAGUAUACGCCAACCCACCGAGGUUUCGACUCUCACUUCGGAUACUGGCAAGGCUUCCAGGACUACUACGAUCACUCCGUUAAAGCCACGUUUGCCAAGUACCACGGUUACGACAUGCGGCGGAACAUGAGCCUGGAUUGGUCGGCGCAAGGGAAGUACUCGACGGACCUGUUCACGGACGAGGCUGUGCGCAUCAUCAACACUCAUGAGCGGGAGGACCCCCUGUUCCUGUACAUGGCCCACCUGGCACCCCACACGGCCAACACCUAUGAACCCUUCCAAGCUCCCGAUGAGGAGGUGGUUAGGUUCGCCCAUAUCGAGGACCCUGAACGACGAACUUAUGCCGCGAUGGUGUCAAAACUGGACCAGUCGGUGGGGGAGGUGGUGAGUGCACUGCGCUCGCGCGACAUGUUGGACAACUCGAUUAUCAUUUUCAUGUCGGACAACGGGGCACCCACCUACGGACUCCACUCCAACCGGGGCUCCAACUACCCGCUCAGAGGGAUCAAAGAGACACCUUAUGAGGGUGGAGUCAGAGGAGUUGCAGCCGUUUGGAGCCCGUUGAUCAAGAAACGAAGCAGGGUCGCCAAUCAGCUAAUGCACAUUGCAGACUGGCUGCCAACGCUGCACUCUGCAGCAGGACUAGAGUCUUCUUUGCCGAAAGAUCUGGACGGAGUGGACAUGUGGAAAGCCCUUUCAGAAGAUUUACCCUCACCUAGAACCGAGCUUCUUCACAAUAUUGACGAUAUUGGCGAGGUUUAUUCUGCUCUCCGUUCUGGCCCUUGGAAAUACGUCAAAGGAUCUGUUUCAAAGGGCAGGACUGACUCAUGGUACGGUGAAUCAGGGCGGUCAAACAACUUAACUGACGAUGAAGUGAGGAGUUAUGACGUCACCGCAGUACUACACUCAAAAGCAGGUGCAGCUUUGGGAGGAUUUGUUACUAAACAGCAGAUCAAAACCAAAGAGAUGCGACUGAACGCAAUAAAUUCUGUUGCUGCCAACGCUAAUUACGGAAAUUGCACCAGCUACACUACAAAUAAACUUGCGUGGCGCAUUUGUACGUUGGACUUCCCGAAAUUCGAGGACGAGCUGCGCCUGCUGACGGCGCGCGGGGUCCUGGCCCUGCGCGCCGCCGCCGAGGUCCGGUGCAACGAGUCGAUGGCGCCCCGCGAGUGCGACGCCACCAAGUCCGCCUGCCUCUUCAACAUCGCCGCGGACCCCUGCGAGCGGACCAACCUGGCCGCGGCCGAGCCGGACCUGGUGCGCAUCCUCGAGGAGAGGGUGGCCGAGCUCCGGAAGACCGCCAGGGCCCCGCUCAACAAGCCGAGCGACCCCCUCGCCGACCCGCACAACUGGAACGACACCUGGACCAACUGGCACGACGCCCUCGACCAGCUCAACCAGGUCCAAGUCACACCGCCCAAGCCGGACCUCAAGGUCGUCGUCCUCUUCGCCGCUGUCGUCGCUGUCCUCUGCGUCCUGGGGCUCAUCCUCGCCGUCAAGUUCGUCGCCCCGUACGCCCUCGUUCCUUCCGAUCAGUAUUCGUCGCCCAGGAAGUUCCGCAGCUUCACCUUCGGACUCAAGCGGGAGACGGAGGACUUCCAGAAAGGCUCUGUUGUCACGUGAAGAGCCUGCAUUUUUAUGACUCAGGGACAGAUCUUGCGUUCGCCUAUUGUUCAAAGCACACGGAGAAAAUGACUUCAGAUCAUUUAGCGCACCAACGUUUUGAUUGAAGAAACCAAAUUUUGGGGGAAAUUGAACUAUUAAUGUUCUUAUUAUAGUCUGUUUCACAAAACAUGGUGGCUGUAUGGCAAAGCUAGUUGACUCGCCCGGUCCAAUCUGCAGUGCUAAAGAAAAACGCCGUAUAAACGUUCGGGAGUGGCUAAAUUUCCUCCGAUAAAAUGUUCAUUUUUGAGGAGAGUU